CAACCUGCAAAGUGCAUGUGAUCAUCUCUUAAAAGCACAUUAAUGAUACGCAAAGUGAUGGCAGAGAUAGACGUAAAACUGGGUAUCCGGCAAACGCUGCAGAAAAUCGAAGAAGCAUACGGCAAGCGAGCUACUAUAAGUAAUGCCCCAAAACCGUUGCUGAUAGCAGUUAGUAAAACUAAACCGAUAGAUUUGAUCCUGGACGCUUAUUCCGAAGGCCAGCGGGAUUUUGGUGAAAAUUAUGUUCAAGAGCUAGUCGAAAAAGCAAAUGAUGCUAGAAUCCUGGAGCACUGUCAGGAUAUUCGGUGGCACUUCAUUGGCCACCUGCAGAGCAACAAAAUCAAUAAGGUGUUGAAUCUUCCAAAUUUGCAUAUGAUCCAAACCGUACAUAGCUUAAAGCUAGCGGAAGGGUUAAACAAGGCUUGGGAAAAGCAGAAGGCGGAAGGCGUGCAGACACAGUCGAAAUUGAAUGUGCUCGUACAGAUCAAUACCAGUGGCGAGGAUGAGAAAAACGGAGUCCAACCAGAGGACGCUGUAGGAUUGUUCCGGUACGUGCUGGAAAAGUGCCCGCAUUUAAACUGUGAAGGAGUGAUGACGAUUGGAAGGUUCGGGCACGACUAUACCGCUGGUCCGAACCCAGACUUUGGUGUGUUGACAAAAUGCCACCAAGAAAUCUGCACUACGUUCGAGCGCGACCCUUCCGAACUGCAGGUCUCGAUGGGCAUGUCGGAUGAUUUCGUGCAAGCGAUUGAAGCGGGCAGCACCAUUGUGCGCGUGGGAAGUGCUAUUUUCGGUGCCAGGGCGAAGAAACCAACUGAUGCGUGAGCGAACUGAUUCGGACGGAAAAUGCCUGAUUCGACCGCGGAAUGGUUAGUGUUGACUGCGAAAUGAAAUCCCCUCGAGCAACACAGCAGUGUGUCAUUCACACCAAAAACGCAUGGUACAAGUGUGCGUGUAGAAUCAACAGAUUUUCCGAUUUUCUUUUAAAAUACCAAAACCAUCCCCUGAGGGUGCAUGAGUUUUUCAAUUGUUAUGGCUCAUUUGAAAAAAGAAAUAUAGCAAACCAAGCAAUUAACGUUAUGUGAUGUAAUCAAGGAACUGGCUGUUAGUCUUCGGUG